UUUGCUGUUUGCUCUCCCUUCCUGCAAAGUGUUUUUCCACAAACUCUUUCAGGAAAGCCCAAGGUGUACCAAGGUGUCAGAGUAAAGAUCACAGUGAAGGAGUUACUGCAGCAGAGAAGAGCACGACAGGCAGCAACUGGUUCAGCAGUGAGUAAAAAUAUUUUGUUGUUUGCUUUGUCUCUUCUCUGUUUAUUUUCCUUUUUUUUUUUUUUUUUGCCAAGACUCCCCGGCAGCAUCACAAGGGCUGAGCCGAACCGGUUUUCACUUCCCACCGCCGGUUUACACAUCACAUCACCUGCGGAGCCCACACAGGAAAGAGUGAGCGGUGGCAGAGCAGGGGGUUACCUCGGUGAGCUGCACAAGGUAUCUUGGGGCAGCAGCAGCAGCAUCCAGUUCUCAGAGUCUGUGUCUCCGCCUCACCCAGCCCCUUUUGAUGCAGAGCCCAUCUCUUCUGUCCCCAACUGCUGCCCCUCCUGGCAGUUUUCCAACUGCCUCUCCUGUGAGGAAAGCCCCAGCUACUUGGAGCAGCUGAUAGAUUCCUGUCUGCAGUCGGAUGUGCCCUCGGAGCCAGCCUGCAGUGCUUUCCAGCCAUCACACUACACCCCAGACACCUUCCAGCCCGUCCCUCUCUGCUUUAACCAGGGCCUGGCUGCCAGCCCUCCCAGCUCAGCUGACCUGCCCAGCCCAGUGAACCACAGCUGCUCCCCUGCCCAGCUCUCUCCUCUGACCCCGCUGACCCCCAGCCCUCCCCCUGCUCUGGACACCAGGACCUACAGCUGCCCCGGGGAGGAGUGCACGGACUGCCUGGACUACCUGCCCCCCCUGGCCAUGGCCGAGGACUUCUUCAGGAGGGACAGGAGCUGGGACAUUUGCUACAGCUAAUGG